CAGCAGCAGCAGCAGCAGCCGCGGGGUGUGCGUGGUCCUGAUCGGGCGGCGGCCCCUGGCAGCAGAGGCCCUUGACGGGCUGCCGCCUCCCCCCUUAGUUCGCUUCGAAGCUUAUGGCCGAGACGCAGCAGCUUUUGUGCUGCAGCGCAGCUUCUUCUCGCUGGGGCUGCCGCUGCUGCAGGUGGCGCUGCAGCAGGCGGCGCCCCCCGACUUCCCCUUCUCCCUGCGCUUGCGGCUGCCUUCCAGCAAUGCCCACGCAGCAGUAGCAGCACCAACAGCAGCAGCAGCAGAAGCACCAGCAGCAGCAGCGGAAGCAGCAGCAGCAGAAGAGGGAGAGGCGGGGGUGUGGCUGCUGACGGCCAAGGGCGCCCGCACACCAGUGGCUCCUUUGUGGAAUAAAUUCUGCGGAGAUAUUUGCCGCUGCGUCUAUCAGCACACUGGGGGAGAUUUCUGGCAGCUGCGUUUUGUGUGUCGGGAGCUGUGGGGCCAGGCGCUGCAGCUGCUGCUGCGGACGCGGCAGCUGGGGGCGCUGGACUUGCUGCACGAGCAGCUGCGCAGCAGCUGCGCUGCUGCUGCUGCAGAGCCCUUCUCCCGGCUGCUGCCGGACCUCGUCGACUGCAGGGUCAGCAGCGCAGCAGCAGCAAGCAUCUGGGGGGGGCAGCUAGCAGCAGCAGACAGUGUCGCGCGGCUGCUGCAGCUCCCGCGGCUGCAGCGGCUGCUGCUAGUGGCUGCUUUCGUUGCUGCCUACACGCCGCGCCGCGACGAGCGCCGGAGACGCCUAUUCUGGCUUUCCGUUUCUGCUGCUGCUGCAGCUGCAUCUGCAGCUGCAGUUCUUCCCCUGCGGGACGCACUCGGCAGCAGCAGCCACCUGCUGCAGCAUAGCCGCGGCAGCAAACCCCGCAAGGCCCCAGAGGGAGCAUUCGUGGUGCUGCAAGGGGGCUCUUGCCUGCCUAAGGCGCUGCCCAAAACCUUUACGCUGGUGCGCUGGCUGGCCUUGGCAGAGCUGCUGCAGCGGCAGCCCCUUGUGCUGCAGUGCCCCUCCGUGCUGCAGCACGUGAGCAGCUUGCUGCGGCUCAGCUUGGUGGCGGUCUGUGCGCCUUCGCUGCUGCAGCAGCAACGCGCAGGAGCAGCAGCAGCAAACGGACUCGCCUGGCUGCACGACGCGGGCUGGCUCGUGCAGAAGACGCGGGAGGCUCGCAGGGUGCCCGCCGCUGCUGCUGCUGCUGCUGCUCGUGCUGCAGCAGCAGGAGGCGGGGUCGCAGGCGGGGGGUCCCACCUGCUGCACCCCUCCACCAAGCUCACGCUGCUGGCCGAUAUAGAGCUUAUCGUCAGUGCUGCUAAGAGCCUGAGCAUACCCCUUGACCAACUCUUGUAG